GUGAGUCGCCCGAGCCGUGUUCGUCUCUUGUAUCUGUACCAUCACCAUAGAGCGCGAGCAGGAUGACCUCUAAAGCUCAGAAGAACUCGCUCCACAUCUAUCUUACCGAGUCUGUCGUCUUUCUCCGUUCUUCCGACUUCUCCGGAAGGCGACAGGCCGCCAACAAUGCAGCCACUUCUGUUCUCCGCGGUCUCUUGACGCUUGAGCUCGUAAAGCCAACUAGAAUAUGUAGCAUCGACAUCGAGUUGCAGGGGAAGACCGCCACAGUGUGGCCCGAAGGUAUCGGAGCACGAAGAACAGAGGUCACAGAGGAGCAUAAAUUGUUUACUGCUACUCAAACCUUCUUUCGUGCCGCGACGACUCCGACUACGAACUCACGUCGCACACUCUCUGUCGGCCCCGGUCUCGCGUUCUAUCGGGACGAAUAUGAGCCUCGACAAGAUUCCAGUCUUCAGCGUCGACCUCCUGAGGCACCCAACUACUUCUUCUCCAGCUUUGCCGACCGUUCUCCCUUAACAGAGGAGCCUAUUGAACGGGGAAGGGACAGGACAAGACGACGACUCAGCGCAGAUUCGACGUAUUUCGGGCGCGAUGUCGCACCACACGUCGUCGGACAACAACAUUCUGGCUCCAGAUCCCCUACACCUAUGUAUACGCCUCCAGCAAGCUCGUCUGGCCACCCGACCGCAGAUGGUUUCCCCUCUUCGAGAAAUGGCUCUGUUAGUCGGUUCACCUCUGCGCGAAGGGCAGAUGACGAAGAAACCAAUCGCUCAUUAUCUCGUCCUCCAUCAUCACACAACACAUCACAGCAGCCAUCGCUAUCCAGGAUUCGCCCUGCUCCCGCUUCAUCAUCGUCCAGUUUCCGCGAUCAUCCUUCUCCCGCUCUAUCCAGGACCGUCAGCAACGACGAACAGGCGUCCACUUCUACCGCAGGGACAUCUCAUCCUCCAUCUACCUUGGCAUCUUCUCCCGCACGAAAUAGGCGCGAUGAAAGCGCGGAAGAUCACCGGCGAGGACGAAGGACCGCCCGAUUCAGUCUUGCGGCUGUUUCAAACAGUAUCCUCGAUGCCGUGAAGGAAAGGGUGCGGUCUCGAUCGCCGAUGGUGGACAGGAUUGACGAUAGGAGUAAGAGCCGAGGGCGAACUCUGGAUAAGGGCAAGGAUCAGGAGGUCCCGAGGGAUCACACAAGGGAGCCGGGCAAGGAGAAGGAUGGAGCCUGGCACUUCUGGGAGAAUAAGGUCGGAGAUCACGGCGACGACCACAAGGAGUUUGGCGAUGGAUGGCGGGAGUUCAAGAAGGGCACUUACACCUUCCCUAUCUCGUUCGCCAUCCCGGCAAACAUGCCGCCGUCACUUGAAUGUGAUUAUGGCUCAGUUUCCUGGCGCUUGAAGGCUCAAGUACACCGACCGGGUACUUUCACGUCGAAACUGACUGCGGCACGGGACGUCAUCAUCGUAGCAUGCCCCAGCGAGGAUGAUACCGAAGAUACAGAAAAUAUCGUCGUCGAACGGUUCUGGGAUAACCAACUGCAGUAUCUUCUUUCUGUCUCUGGCCGUAUGUUCCACAUUGGCGCCAGCAUACCUAUCAACAUGAACUUCCUGCCAAUGGCGAAGAUGAAAAUUCAUCGACUAUCUAUCGUCCUCGAAGAGCGGGUAGAUUACUACAUCCAGAUGAAGCGAGUCGCCCGAUCUGAUCUCACGAAUCGUUUCCCACUUCUCAGCAUCAAGCACACCGCUAAAAAUGCCACCACCACCGCACCUCCUAUCCUUCCUCUGGACUCUGAAGAUCCUCAUGCUUUCGACGAGUCUCCUUUACGCGUGCUCCUCAGUCCAGAAGACGACCCGUCUGAGUUUGCUUCGUCCUUGAUGGGCCCCGGUCCAUGGUCGUUCCACACCCAGCUCCAGCUUCCCGGGGCGUGCGGUUUACUGCAUUUUACGAAUCUGAAUAAGAAGUCGAACAUCCAGAUUCAUCAUGUGCUGAAGAUCGUGGUGAGAGUGGAAAGAGGCGACGAUCUGCAUAUCGACCCGAAGACGGGUAAGAGGAAGUUGUUCGAUAUCGUCGUGCAAACUCCAGUGCACAUACUAUCGUGCCUGUGUAACUCGGAGUACACCUCCCUCCCGCGUUACUCCCAAGCCCUCGACUCCAACUACCUUUCGCCCGAAGUCCGAUCCUGCACCUGCUCCGUCAAACGUCGCGGCCAGGCCGUUGUCCCUUCCCGCCCUUCUUCCCGACCUCCCGUGAAAUCGGCCUCUCAUCACCACACUCACAGUUCACAUAUUUCUGCUCCGACCCAUGCGUCCGACGCAUCCACCUUAGCUCUCGAACGCCAUCCUACGCAAUCUUCGUCAUCGAGCGAGUCCGUCGCGUCGGUUGCGUCAUUGACAAUGGUUCCGCCACCGAACAUGACACAGGCAAGACUGGGGAGUUUGUAUGAUCGCAAUCUGAUGUUCGAGAGGUUGAUUACGGGGCAGCAGAGUGAGAUGGGGGAGAGCCCGCCGGGCUAUGAGUUCAUCUCGAGUGUCAUGCCUGUGGUUCAUGCUGGACCCGCACCGUACGAUGAAGAGGGUGUGCCUGUCGAAGUAGAGUACACGCCACUCCCACUCACGCCACAGGUGCGGUGAAUACUGUCGGCUAUGAGUCAUGGACUCAUGAUACAAUUUUGUUGCUUGCUUGCUUUUUCUCCUCGCUUUAUGUAUUGACGUCGGAUCGGAUUUUUGCUUUUAUCCUGCCGUGGUUACUCUUGCUCUAGAUCUAGUAAUUUCACCCACAUCAUCAUUUCGGUAUCCUAUCUUUGGGCAUUUUGUGGUUUCGAUGGUUCUUUCUUCUCAUUUUCCCCCAUCCUUGUUGUCGUUGUCUUUCGCGUUCUGUAGCCCCCCACUUUUUCUUCGGAUUAUCGAAUGUUAUUUGCUCUCAGCCUCAUGUAGAUCAGUGUCGUCACCCCGUCCCAUUCACUUUGCGAUAGGCGGUUAUGAACACUGUACAGCAGUCCACUUCUAGUCUCCUCCGCACGUACCAGUGUCACCUACUGUAUCAGCCAUGCUCUCCACCUCGUCUUCUCAUGACACCUCAUGCCGCCUCUCUUCGUAUUUUUAUUUACCUUAGAGAUAUUGUGCGUUACUCACUCAAUCUAAA